AUGGCGUAUCAUCAUGAUGCUGACGAGACAGAGAAUAAUCUCACCAGAUCAGAACAUCUCAAGAAACCCCAGCAGAGACGGAAACCAUACCGCUGCCCUCAAUGCGGGAACUCUUUUGCUGCAUCUAACACCUUAAAAUAUAAUCUAAGAAUCCAUACAGGAGAGAAACCGUACUACUGCUCUCAGUGUGGAAAGAGUUUUGCUGCAUCUAACACUUUAAAAUAUCACCUGAGAAUCCAUACAGGAGAGAAACCGUAUAGCUGCUCUCAGUGUGGGAAGAGUUUCACGUGUCCAGGGUGUCUUAAAGUACACAGAAGAAGCAAUACAGGAGAGAAACCUUACAGAUGCUCACAGUGUGGGAAGAGUUUCACUGCUUCUCACACCUUAAAAUUUCAUCUGAGAAUUCAUACAGGGGAGAGGCCUUACCCCUGCCUUGAUUGUGGGAAAGGUUUUGUUAGUGCAGGAGCCAUAACUAUACACCAGCGUGUACACACUGGAGAGAAGCCUUAUAGCUGUCAUCUGUGUGGAAAGUGCUUUUCUGUUUCAGAAAAACUAACUCUACACCAGCGGAUACACAGUGGAGAGAAACCUUAUAGUUGUGAUCGGUGUGGGAAAUGCUUUGCUCGGUCAGGAGAGCUGACUACACACCAGAAAACACACACUGGAGUGAAGCCUUAUAGCUGUGAUCAGUGUGGAAAGAGCUUUGCUCGAGCUUCCCCCCUGAAUAGACACCAGCGAACACACACUGGAGAGAAGCCUUAUAGUUGGAAUCAGUGUGGAAAGAGCUUUGCUCGAGCUUCCCCCCUGAAUAGACACCAGCGAACACACACUGGAAAGAAGCCUUAUAGCUGUGAUCAGUGUGGGAAGAGAUUCAGUCAAUCAGGGACACUGAAUUCACACCAGCGAACACACACUGGAGAGAAACCUUAUGUCUGUCUAUGUGGAAAGAUAUUUUCUCAUUUAGGGCCAAUGAAAAAACACCAUAAAGCAACAAUAUGCCAUAUUUCAUCUCUCUCCUAUCCAGUUCCAGAUCCCUAAAUACAUGUGAAAUAGAAAACAUCUAGUGAACAGUCAUAUCCAUCUACCAUUCUAAAACAGUUGACUUAGUCUGAUCACCAUGGUAACCUCAGGAGCAUAAUAUGCAGCUCUGAUCUAGGACCAGGUCUCCCCUGUGUCUAUGUAUUAUUGAUAAUUGUCUUCUUUCAUAUACUAUUAUUAUUAUUAAAUAAAGUGGAGCAGUGGUCUAAGACCAUCUCAGUCUUCGACCACGAGGCAUCACCACAGACAACCUGGUUCGAAUCCAGACUGUAUCACACGUGAUUGGGAGUCCCAUAGAGUGGGGCACAAAUGGCCAAGCGUCGUCCGAGUUUGGCGGGUGUACGCCGUCAUUGUAAAUAAUAAUUUGUUCUUAAAGACUUGCCUAGUUAAAUAAAUGUUAAAUAAAAUACAUGUAGAAUAAUGUUUCAACAGUAGUGUGUAUUCAUGUAUUCAAUUGAUCAAUAAAUUCAAUCCAUUAUCUUCUGAACAACUUCUGCUUAUUUUUACACUUAAUUAUUUAUUCACUAAAUGUAUUAAAAUGCUCCUAAAACUUUAAGAAAUUAUGCAUUACAUAAUUAUAUCCAUGAAAAACAAUAUAAACGCAAAAAGUAAAGUAUUGGUCCCAUGUUUCAUGUGCUGAAAUAAAAGGUCCCAUAAAUGUUACAUGUGCACACAUCAUUUUUGUGCAGAAAUUUGUUUACAUGCCUAUCAGGGAGCAUUUCUCCUUUGCCAAGAUAGUG